AUGGUCCGACAUAAGAAAGACAAUUACGCCCGCGGAGGCAAGAAAUUUUCCUCGACACCCCGCCCACGUCCAGUGCCCCGCGGCGACGGCGAAUCUUCCGACAGGCUUCCUUUCAAAGCAGCCUGUUGGGAUCUGGGACACUGUGACCCGAAGCGAUGCUCAGGAAAGAGAUUGAUGCAUUUGGGGUUGAUGCGGGAGCUAGGUAUUGGCCAAAAGUAUCCAGGUGUCGUCGUUUCUCCGAAUGCGAAGAAAAUCAUCUCCCCCGCGGACCGAGACAUACUAGAACAAUAUGGCGCUGCGGUAGUGGAAUGCUCGUGGGUAAGAUUGAAGGAAGUGCCUUUCUCGCGCAUAGGAGGAAAGUGUGAAAGACUUCUACCCUAUCUUGUUGCAGCCAACACAGUGAACUACGGACGGCCAUGGCGGUUAAACUGCGUCGAAGCCCUGGCGGCCUGCUUCUGUAUCUGCGGCCACGAAGAUUGGGCUAGAGAGGUUCUUAAGCACUUCAGUUACGGUGAAGCUUUCCUCGAUAUUAAUUCGAAACUCCUGAAGCGAUAUGCCGCAUGCGCCACAGAAGAAGACGUCAAACGGACCGAGGAAGAAUGGCUGGCUAAGAUCGAGAAAGAAUACGAAGACAGUCGUGUCGAAGGUGCCGAUGAUAUGUGGACAGUGGGAAAUACGAACCGGAGGCCAGAUGAUUCUGAUUCCGAUGAUAAGGACAGCGAAGAUGAUGAAGAGGGCGAUAAAGAAAAAGAGAAGAAUGAUGAAGAGGAAGAGCCGGAAGAAGAAAAAGACCCUUUUGCCAUCUCGGAUGACUCUGAAGAAGAAGAGCAGAUGGCCGAAAUCCGCCGCAAAAUUCUCAACUCCAAGGCUUUUCAGAAUCCUACUGUCCCCGACAAGCCACAGCCUGAGAAGAUCACCCGUCCAGCUGCAGGGCCUGUUGAAGACUCAGACGCCGAGUCCGGGUCUGCGGGUGGGAGUGACGACGAAGCGUUUGACAAUAUCAUCGAUGCGACACCGGUGACGGAUCGGACAGGUAUUAUUGCUGCGACCCGGAAAAAAGGAAACGACACCCUCAGCGCGUCGUUUUCUCGAACGGUGAUCAGUGCUCCUAAGAGGUGGUAG